AAUUUUAGAGAUAAAGGGUCUGUUUGCACAGUUUGGGACGCCUGCUGCAUGAGAACUCGGUCAAUUGACGGUGACAGUGAGGCGACUGCACGGCACAGAGCAACUGGCCGAGCUCUCUGAGCGCCUGAUUAUCGUUUCGAAGGGCUCUCCUUUUUUGAGGGAGACUUGUUCAGUUUUUCUUGGUGAUAAUUCGAGAUCACGCUGAAGUUUUGCUAUACACGAUCACGUUUCUAAGCAUAAAAGAGAAGGGCGAUAGAAAUAAGUGCUUCAACUUUGCACAGGGACGGCUUGGAGACUUUUUUUCAGUUGAGCAGUUAAGAUUCAGAAAGUAAUCUCUCUGUCACCGCCAUGCCGUUAACGCUACCUGAGACCCUUGCUUCCAGCACCUACUCGUUAAACUAUAAAGGCCCGGUGCAAACUGUCAGCUCAGCCUGGUCCAUCCACUCCGCCCACAGGUCCAGGUCCCACUUGGAGUUACGGUCAAGAACGGAUCUGUCUAAGGACGAGUAUCAUAAACUUGAUGAAAAGAUCGAUGAACAGGCAUCUGAAAGCUCUGGUGACACCUGGGGGCCAGGGGAGGGUCGUGUUACUGUCCCGCUGGUAGUGACGGCGUUUGCCGCUGUGAUCGGCGGCUCCUUUCCCCAUGGUUACAACACAGGUGUGCUCAACGCUCCCCAAGAUUUAAUUAUCCAGUUUCUUAACGACACGUAUCUAAUCCGUACUGGCAAUGAACCUGGCAAAGGCAUGCUCAACUUUGUCUGGUCGUUCACCGUGGCUAUCUACCUGGUCGGCGGCAUGUUCGGCGCCUUCAGCGCAGGCUGGUUCGCUGACAGAUUCGGGAGGAAAAAGGCCAUCAUCAUCAUGUACAUUCCCACCUUCGUAGCCGCUAUUUUGUUUGGUCUCUGCGAUGUAGCGGAAUCGUUUGAGAUGUUAAUAAUUGCUAGGUUUAUAGUCGGCUUUGGUUGCGGUGCCGGCUCUGGGCUGGUCCCCAUGUACAUGACGGAGAUUGCCCCGGUGAACAUCCGUGGCGCUAUGGGAGUGCUCCAUCAGCUGGCCCUCACCACGGGAAUCCUGGUCUCUCAGAUCUUUGGACUACGGCAGAUACUGGGUAACGAAAAUUGGCCCAUUUUAUUGGCGUUCGUUGGCGUCCCGUGUCUGAUCUCCGCAUUCAUCCUGCCGUGGUUCCCAGACAGUCCCAGGUACACGCUGAUUAAACUGAAGAAGGAAAAAGAGGCACAGGAAGCCCUGCAGACGUUCCGUGGCGCCGACCAUGACGUGUCUGCUGACAUAGAGGAGAUGAGACGUGAACAGAAGCAGCUCCAGAAGCAGCCGCCAUGGAGUCUGGGCAAGCUGUUCCGCAGCAAGAUGCACAGGAUGCCCUUUAUGUUGGUCAGCGCCCUGGCCCUGGCCCAGCAGCUGUCCGGGAUCAAUGUGGUGUUCUACUACUCCAGCUCGGUGUUCAAGGAUGCCGGUAUUCCUGAUGACUACGUGCAGUAUGCCACCCUGGGGACUGGUAUUAUCAACGUUAUCAUGACAGUGAUUAGUGUGCCGCUGAUGGAGAAGUCUGGUCGCCGUAUUCUCCUGCUGGGCGGGAUGAUCCUCAUGUUGACCUCUGCUGUCAUCAUCACUAUCGCCCUGAACCUGAAGGACAUCCUGCCCUGGAUGGCCUACAUCUGUGUCAUAUGUAUGCUGCUCUUUGUCAUUGGAUUUGCCAUCGGCUUAGGUUCUAUCCCGCAGUUUAUUGGUGCUGAACUGUUCAAGCAAGGUCCUCGUCCUGCCGCUAUGUCGUUCGGUGGAAUGUUGAACUGGCUGGCCAACACCCUGGUCGGCAUCAGCUACCCUUCCAUGGAGGAUGCCAUGGGCCCCUACUCCUUCAUUGUGUUUGUGGCACUUCUACUCUUCUUUUUGAUUCUCAUCUGGAAGUUCCUCCCCGAGACCAAAAACAAGAGUUUUGCCGAAAUAGCUGCCCACUUUGGGAUUAAAGAGGACGAGAUGGCGGACGCGGAGGACAACAAAGAAUCGGUUGAAAUGCUUCCUAUGCAUGAUCGUGUGGGCACGCGCUUGGCCGCGACAGCUCCUGCAAACGCCCGCCAAAAUGGGUCACACUCUAUGCCGACAACUCAUAUACCGCAAGUUGUCAUAGAAGAUGAGGCUAAUGCUACUAACCCAACCAUUGGCAAUCCUGCUAUUAACGUAACUGAUGAUGACUUUCAACAACAGCCACUUAUAAGUAAAGAGGAUAGUCAUCGGAGCCCGCGAAAACCAAAUAUCCCAAUGGACCCCGAGGUUGGUCGGCCUCGAAGUGGCCAAGAUGUUGACAAAGAAGUUCUUGCGUAACCUCGGGAUGCAUGUACAAUAAACGAGAACUAUUUAAAACUGUUGUGGACUGAUGGGGAAGUCUUACGUGUAAUUGUUGAAAAGUUUAAGAUGGUUAUCUGUAUUUGCCUCUGUAAAGUUGCACUAAGAACUAAACUGGUCCCGGAACAACGUUCUUUUACCGUCCAAAAACACUCUAUUGAAUGAUGUGGAACACAUGUAGUGGGGUAAUGGUGCCUACAGGUACAGCAUUGGGCAUUGGGAAUAGGUUUUUUCAUAUUUUAUGGGGGUAAUACACAUUUUACUGUGGAAAUUUACUUCUGUAACAGUCGAAGACGGUUGUGGGCAGUUCAUCGACUAUCAUGUUUUAGUAAGUAUUCAGCCACUGUUGAGGGCACACGAACACUGCCAAGUAUGGUUACAAUCUCGCCUUAUUCGACAGAGGAGAUAGAAACACUAUCAAUUUUGCCACGCAGUGUUCUGAUACUGCCUUAUGUGCAUCUUUUACACGCCAUUUUACUUGCUUUUUGCGGCAUUCCUUGAAAAUGUAAUCAAGCAAAACGCUAAGCUUUUAAAUGUUGUCAGCUUUUUGAUCAACAGCAGCAUUGAAACGCACUGUAUCAAGAUUGAAACGUUAAUGAGUCACAACUAUGUGCUAAAAUUCGUUCAGCUUAGGUUUUUAGAUUGCCUGCUAUCAGAUGUUACUGUAUUAUAAAUGACAUGACAAACAAUCGAUUAACUAAAUGAUAGAAGAAACAGAGAGCUUUCAUGAGAACUAGUGGAAGCAAACGUGACUAAAGUGCUGCUGUUUUAAUUCUCAUCAUUUUGACUUUAUUGCAUCAACAAGUAGUCUGAAAUAGCAUGCAUCUGUUUAAAGUAUUGCUGCUUGCAAAUUACAUGUGCGCCAGCUUCUGUUAAUUUUGUGGCGUGUAGUAAGGGCUUUACCGUGCUGCAACUGUUCUUGGAGGACUGAGUAAAAAUGUGUUCACUGUGAAGGGAUCGGGCCUCCGCCAUGUUGUCGUGCUUUGCAUGUUCCGUUUUAUGUUCCUCGCUGCGUUCUGCAGCUUUUGGUUCGCUAGGGAUAGCCAUAGCACAGACGGCAUAUUUUUUCUUCAG